ACAUUAUUUCGCCUGACACCGUCAGCCACCAUGUUGGUCUAAAAGCGCGGUAACUGGAAAUCUGUCUUGGAAUCCAUUUCCUCGUCUUUCCGUUUUAUGUUUAUUAAUCUGACAUUAACUGCCACUGUUUGACAGUUUGGGAGAGACAGAGAGAGAGGACCGACGUUGGUUUAUUGCCGUCCAUAUCGAGCGAAAAUGCUGCGCCGUAACCCGACCCGGAUUGAAUUGAAACUGGAAGACAUCAAAGAAUACGAAGCGAUGAAGAACGAGAGGCUGAAGCAGAAUGCGCAGAAGAUGUCCGUGGAUGCGGUCGGGGAGCAGUGUUCGUCGUCGUCGACGGGAGCCCUGCCAGGAACAUGCAGCGGGGACACGACACCCGGCAGCAAAACGAAGGCCCAGUUUAUUCGCGAGAUUCAAGAACGAAUUGGUUACGACCCCAAACCUCAGCUGGGAACGUCUCGGAUUCGAACCCCGAUCCACAACUGAAACGGACUCCACUGACCUCUGUAAAUGUAAAUGUUCCUCUUGUUUAUUUAUUCCAAUUCCAUCUAACCAAAAUCUGACCAUUAAAGAUGACAGUUUUUUU